AUGAUCAAUCAGAGACGUCCACGUUCUUCUGCUCUUCUUCUUCUUCUUUUCGCUUCAUUUGUUGCUGGAACUCUGGCAGCAACGUACAGGGUGACAGAUUAUGGAGCCAAAGGAGACGGCAUCACCGAUGAUACUCAAGCGUUUACGAAUGCAUGGCGUGCAGUGUGCUUAAACAGCAAAGAAGCAUCGACCCUGCUUAUUCCUGGAGGGAAAGUGUAUCUGUUGGGACUGACCAAAUUCGGAGGACCGUGUAAACAUUACAUUAGGGUUCAGGUCGAUGGAAAUCUUAAACGGGUUGAUGAAGUGUGGUCGGAUGAUGAUAAUAACUGGCUACUGUUCAUUAACCUCAACGGCUUAACCGUCGCCGGCGCCGGCGAAAUCGACGGCCAAGGGGCCUCCUGGUGGGCAUGCAAAGAGGCAAAGGCAUGUGCAUUUCUCGCUGCAAAUUCUCUUGCGUUGCUGCACGUCACGAAGGCGCAGGUUUUGGGGUUGAGCUUCAAAAACAGCGCCAUGAUGCACGUCGCCAUCGGGAUGAGCGUCGGCGUCAGGAUCUCAAAUCUGAAAAUCACCGCCCCCGCCGAGAGCCCCAACACCGACGGCAUCCACGUCGAGCGGAGCCGCCACGUCAUCAUCAGCGACUGCCAGAUCAGCACCGGCGAUGACUGCGUAUCUGUAAGCAGUGGCGCUAAGGAUGUGAACAUCAGCCGCAUAAGAUGCGGUCCUGGCCACGGAUUAAGCAUUGGAAGCCUGGGGAUAGAAAAAAGCUAUGCGACAGCUGAAGGCAUCCAUGUCUCCGACUCCACGAUCGUACGGACUGACAAUGGAGUCAGGAUCAAGACAUGGCAGGGGGCAACUGGGUUUGCGAGGGACAUAUCGUUCAGAAAUAUUAGCUUGACGGAAGUGAGGAACCCCAUCAUAAUAGAUCAGUUCUACUGCCCUCGCGGCGGCUGUAAGAAUGAGGUAACUGCAUCUGCAUGCUUGCUCUUAUAUUUCAGCUGGGUUUUUGCUUGCUCGCUAAUUAAUUCUUUUGUUUUGGUUCCUUGUUGGAUUCGAUAUAUGUGUGCAUCGUCAAAGACGUCGGCUGUUCAAGUGAGCGACGUGAAGUUCAUCGGAGUGAAAGGGACGUCGGCGAAUGACAUGGCGAUCCGCUUGGAGUGCAGCCAGAGCAGUGGUUGCCACGACGUGGUGAUGGAGGACGUUGACAUAAGGAAUGCAGUGCCAGGGGAGCAAGCUCAGGCUUUCUGUUUCAAUGCGCAUGGAAAAAAAGCCAAAGUGGUCAAGCCUGACGUCCCUUGCUUGAGCUAUUGA